AUGUGGGGCCCAACGCAGCUGUUGCUCUUCGCCGCUGCCGCCUCCGCCGCCGUCGCGCAAAGAGUCGGUCAAGAGCAAUCACUGGAAUCUGGCCUGGAGCAUGGCGAGAAAAAAUUAAGCGAAGUGAUCCUGGCGACGAUGGAGCACUACCAGCAACCGGACCCGGUGGGGCUGCCCGGCGCCGACGUGCCCGACCCCUACCCCGUGCCUGAUAUGACGCACUCCAUAUCGUUCGGAACGACGCUGCACUUCAAAAACACUUUUGUCUAUGGCAUUAGCAAGUUUCGAAUUCUACAUAUCAAUGCAGAAAUCGGAGACAUGGAGGUGACUGCUGCCUUAUUGAUAGACCAUCUGCAAGCCAAGGGGAACUACACGUUAUCGACGUGGUUAAACAGAAACAACGGGCCGUUCACAGUGCACGUCAGUGGCCUCCAUAUCACCGCCAAAGCCAAUCUCGGGGUAGAGCGAGACGGAAAGCUCAGGGCUCAGGACAUUGCCAUGGACAUGUCCUUCAGAUCAAUGGUUGCCAACUUUGAAAACCUUGGCACAUUCGCCAGCAUGCUUCAAAGCGUCAUAAAUUCAGCUGGUACUCUAUUGUUUGAUUCGAUCAAACCAUUCGUCCUCAAGGAAGCCUAUACCAAAGCCAGAAAUGGAAUUAACGAAAAACUGGAGCAAGUAGCCGGUGAUAUGCAGUUCCCUAAUUCCGUGUCGCCGUUAGAUAUGGUGAUCGCAGACGCCCGAAAGAUCGUACAGGAUAAGGGCAUGGAUCCAUAUAAAGUUAAGGAUUACAAUACUACAGUCAGCAUAUUCACUGUGUCCUUGAGUAACAUAUGGAUUACAGGAAUAUCGUCUUUUCACCGUGUCGGCAAUAUAACGUUGAGAAUGGAAAAUAAUACGGCCAUAGCCGACUUUGAAAUAGGCACACAGAGAAUGUUGGGUACUUUACAAUGGGACUUAGCAGCCAUCAGAGGCCUGGUGAAGCGUUCCGGGACUGCGUCAUUUUCAGUUGAAUAUCUGAACGCGAGAAUUGUCCUGGCCCAGCCACUAGACGUAAGACUUACUCCCGAAUUUAGAGACUUGGAUUUAGAAUUGGGUAAUAUACAAGUUCGUUGUGAUGGAGCAGGCACUGUGGACUACGUCAUUGAACUGUCGGUCAACAUAUUGCCCAAUCUAUUACGUUAUCAGAUUAUGGAUGCUUCAGAAGGUCUCAUAAAGGGAAAAGUGCAACAUGAACUAGUUAAGAUCAAUGUCGAAGAAAGAAUUAAAGAGGAAUUACCAAAAGUGGAUGAAAUUCAGCAACAAGGUUUUAAAUUAUCAUCUCUAAAAGAUGUACCCUCUGUGACAGAAUCUUUUGAUGAAGAUGAUUUUUUUAAUUUUUAGUUAAGUAUCUACCUU